UAUUUUAUUUUAGGUUUCUUAAAUACCUUCCAAGUCAGCAAAAAAUUAUUUGGACACAUUUUCAGCGAAAUUAGCAUCCAUAUGAAAGACACCUACCGCAAUACUCACUUGCCACCACAACUGAAACUGUCCACAUUUCUACGCUUUCUUGCAACUGGAAGCUAUCAAAAGUCGGUGGGUAACGAAAGUGUCUCAGUAAUGGGUCAGUCGACAGUUGCAAAAAUAAUAGCGGAAUGCUUGGACAUUUUUAAGGAGCAGGAGGAAAAAUAAAACGACGUGAAAGAGCAAUUCUUCAACAAAUGUGGAAUACCUGGCGUAGUUGGCUGUGUGGACGGGACCCACAUGCGUAUAAAAGCACCCAAUUCAAACUGCAGACAUCUUUACUACAAUAGAAAGAGGUUUUAUAGCAUCAAUGUAAUGGUGAUAUGUGAUCACGAUAUGGUAAUUACAUUUGUUGACGCAAGACAUCCUGGUGCUAACCAUGACUCCUUCAUUUGGAAAACCAGUGCCGCAGAGGAACAACUUCGAUUGGCUUUCAAUAAUGGGGAGUCAAAUACCUGGAUACUAGGCCCUUCGGGGUAUCCCCUGCAGCUCUUUUUGAUGACGCCGUAUAGAAAUCCAUCAGAUGUAGUACAAAGACGAUACAAUGAUAAACACUGUAAGGUUCGAAACAUCAUUGAGCGCUGUUUUGGAGUUUUGAAGAAUAGAUUCCGAUGUAUAAUUGGCUCAAGAGGGCUUCAUUAUUCCGCAGAGAAGACAACGCAAAUUGUGAAUGCAUGUUGUGCAAUUCACAACAUCUGUAUAUUUUACAAAAAUUAUUUGUCUCUCAUCCCAAUCGAAGCUGAAGAUGCUAUUGAGCCAAAUGAUGAAGACCUAGUACUUGAGGAUCUUUCUACAGUAGCAGCUAAUAUAAGAACACAAAUAGCAAACAAUUUAUAAUAAAAUUUCUCUAAGUACACUUUUAUUCACAGAAUUCAUAACAUU